AUGGGAGACUUGAUGAAAAGAAAAUUUGACGUAUUAGACUUGUCCGGGUAUAAUUAUCUUGAAUUUGAUGCCCAAAUAAAUUUAAAGGCUCAGGGAUUCGAACAUACAAUAAAAAAAAUUACCAUCCCAAGAAACGAGAAAGAUGCCCCUGCUCAAGUUAAAGUUCCUACUGAUCAAGAGAAAGAAAAAGCUAUAGUUCUCUUAAGGCAUCAUUUAUAUAACAAUUUAAAAACUGAGUAUUUAAUGGUGGAAAAUGCCAAAGAACUAUGGGAUAGCCUGAAAGGAAGAUAUGACCACCACAAAAGGGUACUCCUUCCUUCAGCACAAUUUGAGUGGACAAACCUGAGAUUUCAGGACUUUAAAUCUGUCAGUUAUUAUAAUUCACCACUAUAUAAAAUUGUAUCAAUAUUGAGAUAUUGUGAUAAACUAGUCACUGAAGUGCAAAUGAUUGAGAAAACACUCUCUACAUUCCAUGCUAAUAACAUUAUAUUGCAACAGCAAUACCAUGAAUUGAAAGAGGCUUUGCAAAAUAUUCAGAGCUUAUUUCUACAUUAUUGGUUGUUGAAAAGAAUAAUGAUCUUUUUUUUGAAGAAUAACAACCUAAGACCAACUAGGUCUCAAGCAUUCAAUGAAAUAAAUGCUGUAGAAAGCUCAAAUCCACCUGAGACAAAUGUUGCUCAUAGAGGUGGACGUGGAAAAUAUAAUAACUGUGGCAGAGGUCGUGGAAAUUUCUGCGGAUAUGGCCGUGGACAUGGUCAUGGCCAUGGUAGAGGUCAUUUUCCCCCUAGAAACAACACUCAAAGGGGGCAUCAUUAA